CACCUGAACCGAACCAUCACAAGAUGACCAACUCAACCGAUUCACCAUUCCUUGCAUCUGCCAACACAAACACAACUCAUCAAGGUUCAAUCUGGGCAGUACUCUUACAACCAUCUUUCCCAGACUUAGUAUUCGAAGCAUCAGCACUGUUAACUAAAUCUACCUUACCACCUACUUCAAAUCCUAAUAUCUCACCUAUCCUUUCAAGUAGUAAGAUUAGUUUCUUACCUACUGAUUUUUCAAUUCAAAUCAAACAAAACGCUUUAGAUUUAAUUCAAAAAUAUCAACCUAUUCGUCAAAAUGGAAAUGAAGAUGAUCAGGAAGAUGAGGAUGAUGAAGAUCAGAAUGAAGAUUUAAAGGAAAUUAAUGAUACUAAAGAAAUUAAAGAUCAGAAAAUUAAAAUCGUUGAAGAGAUUUGGAGUCAUUUACAAACCGGUUGUUUUAAUAAAACUGAUGAUCGCGAACUUGAAGCUACCAUCAACUUAUUGAUUACUCUUUUACUUUCAUUAUUUUCAACCGAUCAUCUUAAAUUCUCUUCAAUGGUUAAACAACUCUUAGAAGCGAUUUCCAAAGCUGAAGGAAAGACCACUAGCUAUGGAAGAUACAAUGUUCUUUUCACUUUAUUUAAUGCAUUACCUGCACCCAUCGAACAUCAAAUCCCAUUACAAUUAAACGUUUUACAAAAGUUGUCUGAGAUGAGUCAAACGAACCUAGAAGAUGUUCAUUUACUUUUACCUACCUUGAUGAAAGUUCCAAGUUAUUUAACUUCAUGGGAUUUAAUGAAAUCUAAUGAAGGUAUUCGAUUAAUCCAAAACAUCAUAAGCUUAUUAACUUCAAGUUCUAAAAAGAUGGAUGCCUAUAAUUUAUCAAUCGUUUAUCUUUCUUCAUCUGAAUUAAAAUCGUUGGAUCCAACUGAUCAAACCAAACUAGAACCUAUCAUCGAACAAACCAUUCAAUUAACUUUAACUUUAAAUGAUUGUUAUCGUUGGGAUUUAUUAGAUGAGAUCAAACCGAUUUCAAAUUACAUUCGAUCUAAUCCGAUUGGCAAAGCUCGUUAUGAAACAUUACUUCAACUUUUAAAAUCCAAUGAAACCAAGAAUCAUGAAGCGAUUGAAGAUUUAUUAAAUUCAGAUUCCACUCAACUUUCCACUCAGAUCAAAGAAUCUAUCAAAUUCAAAUCGAAGUUAUUAACCUUGACUGAUCUUUGUUCUAAGAGAGUAGGUGGAAAGGUUUCAUAUGAAGAAAUCCAAAGUGCUUUAGGUUUGAAGAGUGAAGGAGAUGAAGAAGAAGGAAUGGAAGUAGAAGAAUGGAUCAUUAAUGCUGUUAAAGCUAAAUUGAUUUCAGCAAGAGUAGAUCAACCAAAUCGAUUGGUUUAUAUCAAUCAAUCUUCUUCUAGAUCAUUUGGGAAUCAGGAUUGGAAAGGGUUAGGAACUAAACUUGGUCAAUGGACUGAUUCGAUUGAUCAGCUUAUCGAAGUGGUCGAUCAAAGUUUAAAUGAAGUGAAAUUGGUGACUGUUAGUGCUUAAAGUAGAAUCACCUUCCCCUCCCCUCAAAAAAAAACAAAAAUAAAAUGAAGAUCUUUUUUUCAUAGAUGAGAUGAAAUUUAUAAUUUGAAAAUUUGAAAUUGAUAUCAGUCUUGAGAAAAUGUUCAUUUUUUGAAAAGAUAGUCUUUUACAAAACCAACACGAUUCUGUGUACAGCUUUUGUAGUGUUUUGAAUCAGAAUCAGAUCAAACUUUUGAAAAAAAGUGAUUGAUUUUGAUGUUCAUCAAACGGAAACGAAAUUUUUUACCUUUCUCUUUAAAAAACCUUUUACAUACCCCCCUGCCCUAAACUAAAGAUUUGGUGGAUUUUUUUUCUUACUUUCUUGUUUUUUUUUGGAAUUUGGAAUUCAAAGCUUUUCCUUGGUUUUUUUCUUCUUCUUGUUGAUUUGGUACGUAUUCAUAGAAGAUAGAAAUGAAGUUAGAUUGAAAUACUUCAUUUAUCUCAUUUUGUC